AUGGAGAACGGGGUACAGAACGGCGCACACUCGAAUCAUGACAGGGAUGUCAAGGUCAACGGAGGAGCGGUGGCGGUAGACAGCCCGGCGGCGCUGGACAAGGGCAAAGGUGCAGCAGCGGGAACGAGUGACGCAGCGGCACAGAACGGCCACGGUGACAAGACUGUUCCGCCUGCCAACGCACAAGACGCGCAACGGGGCACUUCUACCGUCAGUCUGCCGAAUCGGUCGAGAAUGAACGACUUGCCAGACGAGAUCCAGCACAUCACACAAGGCUUCAUCCCACUAUCGACAAUCAUUCUUCGACUUGCUCAGGCAACGCAUGACGACCUGGAGAAGGCCAUCAUGGAUGCGGCGCGUAUCAAGUAUUCCCCACCAGCGAUAAACGGAAGCGCGACUGGCGGCGGCGAUCCUCCAGAUGACUCCUCCGAAGCGAACAAGGCGAGGAAGCUUACACUGUUGAAGUUUGCCCAAGACGCCCACACCAAAUGGGUCAAGGCCUUGGUGAUCACGGACUGGAGCAGGAAAGCGUCUACGGUCAGCAAGCUGAUCGAUCUCAAAGCACACCUUGACAAGAAGCGAAGUCUUUUUGAUUUUACCCUCACCGAGCUGAUCGAGCUGAAGCGCUCGCUCGGCCAAGCGAGACUGCCGAGACCAGACCUCAAAACAGCCCUGCAAAUCCUCACCACGGGCGAGGCACCUUGGAUACCAGAGCCGGGAUACAUUCCGCCACCAUCAUUAACGCCGGAAGAACAGCUGAAGUGGAUCGAAGAGCUCAACACGCUUCUGUCUCUGCGCCUCAAUCUCGACGAUUACGACAAGAUUCCACAUCAGUUCAAGAACUACACCAUCAAAUCGGGCCGGGUGACCUUCACGGUGAAGGGCGAGUUCGAAGUCGAUCUUACGAUUGCCGACGAGGAUUUUGAGAAGCAAUUCUGGUUCAUCGACUUUCGCUUCGACUUCACGCCUUCCUCUGAGAGGCUAUCUGAUGCGCUGGUGGCUUACUUGGAGGGGCAGGUCAACGACGUGCUGUCGCGGGAGGGGCUGGAGGGCUGCUAUCGAUUCCUCCAUGAGUUCGUCCUCACCCACAAGAUCAAUGAGCUCAAGCGACAAGCCAUCGACCUCGUGCGAAACUCUUGGACUGGCAACCUCAAGGUGGAACCGCUCAACCGGGCGCUCGCCAUUCAGUAUUGGACGUCACGGUACGGCCCUCAAGCACCGAAAAGCUGGGUCAUGGUCGCAGUACAGAGCGGCAAGCAGAAGAACGGGCUGCCGGAUCCAAAACACCCCAGCCAUCUUGUCGCUCGAUGGUACCGGGACAACAAAGAGAUCAAAGACGUCAAGCUCCACCUCAACAUUCAAGAGAUCUCAGCAGAGGCUUUACUCAAGUCAGCCAUUGCCAAGCACGUCGAACAUAUCCUCUCUUCCAUCCACGACAAGCUUGCGGCCGCGCCGAGAUUCGUCAACAGACAGGCCUAUAUGCGGCUCGAUAUUUCACGCUCGGAACCGCUCGAUUCAUCGCUCGAGAUGCAGCUCGGUGGCAAGAAGAUGGUCAAGUUGCUCAUCGAGCCCAUCACAGGCUUUGCUGCGAUACAGCCACAUACACGAUAUGGUCUCCAAGGAGAAACACGGAUCAACCACGGCGGCAAGGAUCCGGCCGAGGAUGGCGUUGCCUGUCUGGAGAACAUUCGAUGGGGCUAUGUUGUGGACGAGUUCAACCGCCGCGGUCGAAGCUGUGGCUGGGCGAUGACGAAGAUACCCGUCGGAAACGAAGAGGUCAAGCGACUCAUCAAGACAAGAGAACCGUUCCAACCAGUCUUUUUCCAGCGACAAGGGCUCGGUCAAGACUGGUUCGUCCUGAUGUCUCUGAGCCUGGCCGGGGACGAAUGGUGGUUGAUCGAGGUGACACGCAACGGAGCGUCUCGUACAGUGACGACCUCGAUCCAACUGCCCUUCUCCAAAGGCCAACCCGAGCUCAAUGACAAGUUCUGGAACAACUUGACGAGUUUAGCCGCCGCAAUGAUUUCUCAGGCCAUCGAGCUUGGUGAACUUAAGAAGAACCGUAUUGACCACACCGCCAAAGACAUGCAGAGCCGAUGCUUGACACAGCAGAUCAGGAUACCCGUCAUUUUCAUCAGGCUUGCGCACAUCUUGGACUCACCAGACUCAUUGGCCCAGACUCGCGCGCAGGACCGCCGCGUGCAAUCGAGCGCUCCGGCAUGGCCCGCCGACACCGUUGAAGUUCAUUUCAGAGGCACCAAGGGUUCCUCUGCAGCAAACUCUGCUGGAAACGACACGGCCGGACUCGGCAUUAGUGUUGAUGCUGUGUUGAAAGUUAAAGACAAGCACAAGUUUAAGCAACUUCAGGCGCGAAUCGACAAGAACGUAGCGUUUGACCGGAGGACAGGGCAAUUCGUGUUCCACAUCCGCGGCUCCGUUGGGAAGCCCGUGUUGCAGGCACUUGCCGACCACAUCAAGUCGAUUGACAGGUUGGUCGGUUUCCUCGAUGCCAUGCGGUGCGCAAAGGGAGCAGUUCAAUGUACCGAAGUCGGCCUCGGCAAAGUCAAGUUCUCGUACUCCGAUAUCGUCCUCCCCGGAGAAACUGGCGAGCCCCGGCAAUGGACUGCUGUACUCAACAUGUCACGCAACGGAACUCGCCUUAUCCUCGAGCCGGAUAACCCGCACUUGCGGAUUCUUGACUUGCUCACCAAGGUGGUCAACACGGAGAAGGGGCUACGCGUCAUGAUGGCCUACAUGACGGACGUGCUCCCGAUCCUUCGAGUUUUCGACACUCUCGAAAAGAAAUGGGAGGAGGUAGAGGCGGCUGGUCAGGGGCACAUCGAGCUCCUGACCCCGGCGGCCGAUUGGUUCGCUGUCCGGUACUCUUUGCCAAGUACAGCAGGCCCCGCGCGCCAGCUCACGAUUGAUGUGUGGUCUAAGGAACGCCAGGCUCAGCCGUAUUGGUUUGCUUCGCGUAAGCAGCGCGGCCCACCAUCGCCCGCGGACGACGAAUUCAAGGCGGUUCUCAAGGGGGUGUGGGAUUCCAGGGGGGAGAAUUGGAGGGGUCUGACGACAGGCGCCGUAGCUCAAAUGGGCAUGGGCGUGUUUGAGAUGAUCCAGGCCAUGGACGACGCCGUCAGGGCGUUUGCGACAGGGAACGGCCCGGCCGACGAUAACGCUUCCACUGCCGGGCUACCGACGCAGGUCAGCCAGGUCUUCUCGAGUCAGGGGUCGGGCAACGGCACGCCGCAGACGAGCCAGGCCCAGAGCCAGAAGCAAGCGUCUCAGGCUUCGCAGGGCCAGCAGCCUCAACGGCCGCGGCCGAGCCAGACGCCCAACCAGAACCAGAUGCGCAAGCCGAGCUUCGGCAAGCAAGGCGGGGGAGCCAAGGGACCGGUGGGCGGCAAGAAUGCACCGGUCGUGGUGCUGGAUUAA